UAAGAGUAAAAAUAAAUAUUUCGGCGGUUUAUAAAUAACCAGUGUGCCUCCGCGCUCUUCUUGUACCCGAUUCCAAAGCCUUUUGCCCUUUAGACCGUUCAUCCCAAGAAGAUCUUCGAAGAUUCCGUGAGUGAGAAGUAUAGCGAGAAGGAAUAUUCCCUCGGUCAUGAAACUGGAGAUGGGAAAGCGAACGGUCACCGCCGCUGAGGAGGAUGAGACGGAGGACGUGGUGGUGCCGGUGGCGGCGAAGAGCCGGUCGUGUUCCUACUCUUUGUCCUUUAAAGUCGGCGGCGAGGCCGUAGGGGCGGCCGCGGCGGCGGCGGCGGCGGCGGCGGCGGCGAGGGAGGGAGGGGAGGAGCUGUUCGUGCCGCCGCUGAACUUCGCGAUGGUGGACCACGGCGUCUUCCGCUCGGGGUUUCCGGACGCCGCCAAUUUCAGCUUCUUGGAGACCCUCAAACUCCGCUCCAUAUUGUGUCUUUGCCCGGAGCCCUACCCGGAGGCCAAUACGGAGUUUCUCCGGUCGCAUGGAAUUAAGCUCUUCCAGUUUGGAAUCGAUGGUUGUAAGGAACCUUUUGUCAACAUUCCAGAAGAUACAAUUCGUGAGGCUCUCAAAGUUGUCCUUGAUGUCCGAAAUCACCCACUGCUUAUUCAUUGCAAACGAGGAAAGCAUCGAACUGGUUGUGUAGUAGGAUGCUUGAGAAAACUGCAGCGCUGGUGCCUUUCUUCAAUCUUUGAUGAGUACCAGCGUUUUGCUGCUGCCAAAGCUAGGGUUUCUGAUCAGAGGUUCAUGGAGUUAUUUGACAUCUCUAGCUUAAAACAUUUAUCACCUUCCUUUUCAUGUUUGAAAAGCUCAUAGGAAAGCCAGCUGUUCUACAUUGGGAUAAAUAAUGAGUUCACUCUCCUGGAUGAUAGAGAAAUACCGCGUUCCAUUUGCAUGGUAGUAAGCUAGGAAAGAAUCCUUUCUUCACAAUGAGAAUGCUGAACUGCAUACUGCUUGGAAUAAAAGUAGUGAUGAGUUCAUUUAUGUAGUCCAUGGGUCUAGUAUGCUCAGUUCUUUUGCUACUUUUUUUUUGGAUCCCUCGCAUAUAAAUGAACAUUCUCCAGUUGCAAGAUGUAAAGUUCAGUCACAAUUUAUAGACGCCAUGUUGCAGGAAUUCUCUUCAAUUUUGUCUCUCUUAUUGAUGUUGUAAUGUUUAAGAACAUCCUUUUUUGAAUAUUUAAGGAACAACUUUGUCUCUUUCUUUUC